AUGGAGCAUGUAGGUCUUACGAGUAACUUGGUAGUCUCUUCUGCUGAUCCCGGUGCCGCUUUAUCUAAAGGCAAGACCACUACGCCGGCUUCUGUCAGAUCCAGCAACCAGAACAAGAAGAAAAACAGCAUCAGUGGCAGUUGGGGCAACUAUGGCAUGACUCUUGUCUUUGUAGUGGCUGUCUUAUCUGCAGCUCUGUUCUACUGUGUGCCUCAUUUAUAUUUUCAAGAAGGCCGUGUGGUACUUCAGGCUGCCUUGUUGCACGCUGCUAGCAGCAACCUAUCGUUGGUGUUUUGCUUCCUAUGCUUCUUCUUUGGGUGUCUCGGAAGCAUUCUGUACAACUCUCACUUGGUUCACAACUGUAGACUUGAGCGCUUUGUCUUAGCCCUUGUCAGGAAGCAGCGUAUGCAGCAGCAGGGGCUGUACAAACGCCAGUACAAGGACCCUCAACAGCAUAACCAACCUGAGUCACAGCAGCUUGUUGCAGAGCAAAAGCAAAAGCCACAAGGCCAAAGUGAAGAGUGCUGCCCCUGCGAGUCUGAGGGCAGCAAGGUUGGUGUGCUCUUUGUGACUGCCCAUCCCGACGACGAGUCCAUGUUCUUUUCCCCAACACUUUCUCUCUUUGCCGCCAAUAAGGAAGCAUUCGAAGUUUUCGUUCUGUGCCUCUCAAACGGCGGCUCUGCCGGUUUGGGCGCUGUGCGUUCGCUAGAAUUGCAUGCAGCAGCAGACUUCUUUGGUGUCCCAAGGAACAAUUUUGUUUGCUUGGAUACAGAGACACUAAAGGAUAGCUGGUCACCCUGGCCACCGGAGGCCGUGUGCCAAGAGGUCAAGAAAUUCAUAUGCAAAAAUAGAAACAUACAAGUUAUCUUUUCCUUUGACCGUGAUGGCGUGUCGAGCCACCCCAACCACAUCAGCGUUCACCAGGGCCUUAGGCUCUUCAGUCAAGAACUCGUCAACAGCAUGCCCCAACAUGAGCUGCCUCAUACAGACAAGAAAAAGACCAAGAAUGAGAAGGAGCUGCGGCACGAGCGCGAGCAGCUGAGGCCUUUGCCUCCUGUAUUUCUCUUCGCAUUGCAAAGCCACACGCUACUUCGCAAGUACUGCGGCAUACUCAGCAUUAUACCAGCCACAGUCGCGGCUAACCACCAGGGCGUGUACGUUAUUGCCGCUGCUGUGACAGUCGUUGUUGCUAGUGUGGUCAUGCUGGUACGAGCUGUUUUCUUUCUCCCGUGUUUUAUUUGUUGUAGCUGCCGUGUUCGUUGCUUCUUCUGCCUCUGA